UUAUAUGAUCGAGAAAGACUUAUGGUACAAGCUCUAGAUACUUUAUUCUCUGCAACAUGUGAAGGUGCAGGUUACAUUAUCUUUUUGACAAACAUGGUACAAUUAUUAGAUCCUGAAUGUCCAGUCUCUAUGGCAUUUCUAUCUCAUGUUAUUGAUCGUGCAACUCUACCAAGUAAAGAUACUAUGAGAUGUAUUUCACCAGCCAUCCUCGCCAAACUCAACAUCAAAUGUAGCAAUCAAAGUGACAGUAAAUCAAUCAUCUAUUAUCAAGAUGGGAACGAAGGUCGUGGCAAAUGGAGUACUCGAAUGGCUCAAUAUGUUGUUCCAUCAGCGAUGAUUCGAAAACAUCAACACUAUUUGAAUGGUCCUAUGGUCGUGGAUGCCAAAAUGAAACGAAACGCACUGGUGAUUUGGGCUAUUCUAGCAGAAAAGUUUGCCGGUAAUAUGGUACAUCUUUUCUGGACUCCUGAUGUGGCAAGAACAUUAUUUCAUUAUUUAGGAGAUACAAAUGAAGAUUGGACAGUACGUGUAUCAGCACUUUUGACUUUGGAAAAAUUUGCUUUAACUGGUAAAAAAAAAAAAAAAAAAAAAAAAAAAUCAUAUACAUUACAAAAGGCGAUCCAUGACAGUCAUCAUUAUGAACAAGAUAUCAAGAAAGACAACGAUAUUCUUUUGUUAACACCUACAUCUUCAUCAUCAUCAUUAACAACAAUCAAAACACAAGAUAGGAUGUCGACGACAGAACCUCAUUCUAUGUGUAUCUCUGGAUUAUUCAAUACUUUCCGGAAACAUCAUGAACGACCUUCGAUUUGGGAUUUGACAGGAUUGAAUGUCAUUAUGAAUCCAUUGGAUGCAACACAACAUUGGAAACUCGGUAGCAAUGGUUUGGAAUUACGAAAUGAUCGACUUCAUUUUGAAUCCAUUCGUGCCACAGUAGGGGUCAAAAAAGGCAGAUGGUAUUAUGAAGUAUUGCUUGUCACGGAAGGCAUCAUGCAAAUUGGUUGGUGUACUAAGCGAUGUCGUUUUGUUGCUGAAGAAGGUUAUGGCGUUGGUGAUGAUCAGCAUGGAUUUGCGUUUGAUACUUAUAGAUCUGCAGUGUGGGCCAAUGGAUCAGCGGUGUAUCCUCAACAAUGCAGUUCACAAUUCCGAUGUCGUAGUGGUGAUGUGCUGGGUAGUUAUUUGGAUUUGGAACAAGGGAUUUGCUCCUUUUUUGUGAAUGGAAAGGACCUGGGAAUGACAGUAGCGUUUGAACAUGGCAACGGC